AUGUUCGGAGUGUCAAAAAGGACCAUCAGGAGACGCAUGAGGCAAAGUGGUUUGAGAAAGAGAGACCUCUAUUCAGCUGUGAAUGAUGAGGAGUUGGACCGCAUUGUUUAUGAAGGCUAUGGGAUUGACUGGAACGGACCUCACGCUCUUCAUGGAGGCACCGUCCACGACUCCGUGAAGCUGAUCAAGUUCGCGGACGACACCACCCUCAUUGGACUCAUCUCCAACAACGAUGAGUCCGCCUACAGGAGGGAGGUGGACCGGCUGGUGUCCUGGUGCAGUGGUAACAACCUGGAGCUGAACGCCCAGAAGACAGUGGAGAUGAUUGUGGACUUCAGGAAGAGCACUGUCCCCCCGCCCCCACCCUCCGUGAUGGACUCCCCCAUCACCUCUGUGGAGUCCUUCCGUUUCCUGGGCACCACCAUCACCCAGGACCUCAAGUGGGAGCCGACCAUCAGCUCCCUCAUCAAGAAGGCCCAGCAGAGGAUGUACUUCCUGCGGCAGCUCAGGAAAGCCAAGCUGCCUGCACAGAUGUUGGUGCAGUUCUACACGGCCAUCAUCGAGUCCAUCCUCACCUCCUCCAUCACCGUGUGGUUCGCUGGAGCCACAGUCAGGGACAAACAGAGACUACAGCGCAUUGUGCGCUCUGCAGAGGAAGUGAUCGGCCGCAGCCUUCCAUCGCUGCAGGACCUGAAACUGUGGGCCAACAUCCUUCCUGCAACGCGGAAGAGGUUGCUGUCAAUAAGCACCUCUGAUGCUGCUGGAACGAGGUGGUCAGAUGGAGAGCUGAACGUCCUGGAGGACAUUCUGACAGAAGCUCCGGAUCAAGACGACGAGCUGUUCACCAACACAGAGACCGAGAUCACAGACAAACAAGGCGUGAAGCGAAAGUCUGAUCGGUCCGACGCGGUGGAAACGAAGAGGGCGCGUUCAGGACACGCCCCCUCCUCCUCCUCCUCCAAUAAGAGAGCUGUGUGUUCCAAGAAGACUGUGUCUCCCAGAGCAGGCCACGCCCCCAACUACCGCCACGACAACUACGAAGACCGCAAACUACGCCGGCGAGGGGGGCGGGGCUUAGAGCAGAAAGUGCGUCGUGAAGAGCGCCUGCCAAGCCCCGCCCCUCGCCACGAUGAGCACCAAUCAGAUGAGGAGUACGGCUCUGAGGCGGGAAGCUCCUCAGCGAAUGAGGAAGAAGAGGAGGAGGCAGAGGAGGAAGAAGAGGAGGAAGAGGAGGAGGAGGAGGUGAUGGAGGAGGAGGAGGAAGAGGAAGAAGAGGAGGGAGAGAAGGAGGAAGACGAUGAUGAAGAAGAGUACGACCGCAGAGACACAAACUACGACACAAGGAGUGAAGCGGGAGACUCUGCGAGCUCCGACAGCUUCAGCCAGUCUGACUCCGGUUCGGAGAAGCGUCGAGACAAACUGUCGUCUUCAGUGCGAGCCGUCAGAGAGAACCCGACCGGGAAACUGCGCUACAUCCUGAGAGACGCUCGAUUCUUCCUCAUCAAGAGCAACAACCACGAGAACGUGUCCCUCGCCAAAGCCAAGGGCGUGUGGUCCACUCUUCCGGUGAAUGAGAAGAAGUUAAACGCUGCGUUCCGCUCGGCUCGAAGUGUCAUCCUGGUGUUUUCUGUGCGAGAGAGCGGGAUGUUCCAAGGUUUUGCCCGCCUGGCCUCUGAGUCUCAACAUGGCGGCUCUCCGAUCCACUGGGUUCUUCCCGCCGGGAUGAACGCUAAGAUGUUGGGAGGAGUCUUCAAGAUCGACUGGCUCUGCAGGAGGGAGCUGCCGUUCACCAAGACGGCGCAUCUGUCCAACGCUUGGAACGAACACAAACCGGUGAAGAUCGGUCGAGACGGACAGAGAAUGAGAGACCAGAGAAAGAGACGAGAGAAGAGUCUCUAG